UGACUGAGGAGUCUUGGCCAUCCAGUUCAGGGACAUCUUCCCUGCCCAGCACCCCCGAGGAAAAUAUGGGAGCUUCCCCACCACCCACCCUGCUUGACAGUGGGGACUCUGUGGUGGCCAAAUACAUAAACAGGUUCCGCCAGGCCCAGCCAACAAGCCGAGAGGAACGCCAGUCUGCAGGGCCAACUCCAGCUGACUUUUGGUGGCUUCAGCCUGACUGUCCAGACCUCAGCAGCCAACCUGCUGCAGGAACCAGUGAACCAGAAGGAAGACCCAAUACUGCAGUCUCAACUUUGACCAAAAUGGCCAGUGCAUCCAAGAUUAACACAAUGGUUCCUCUUCAAGAAAUAAAACAGAGCCUCAACUCGUGGAACUCAUCCCUGCUAGACCUGGAGACACUGAGCCUGCAGAGCAGAGCUGACAGGCUUCUCAAACGCAGCAAGACCUCCAUCUCCUCCUCCUCCUCCCUCAGCCCCUGUGAUGUCAGCAACUCCUCACUGCCUGUUAGCUCCGAUGGCCUUUCUCCCUUCCCUGUGACCUUCACCGCUGACUCCAGCAAGAACUGCUGUUCCCGGGUAUCUGCCACUCCAGCACCGGACCCCACUCCUACUGUACCCCCAACUUCCUCCCAGACUCCUCUGCGGCCAGAGGAUGACAUUUUGUACCAGUGGCGGCAGCAGCGGAAACUUGAACAGGCCCAGAAGCUCCAGCUGGCUUCAAGGCCUCAACAGGUUCCCGGAGGCCAGAAAGAUGGAACCUGGGUGUGCCCUCAGACCCCUAGCAGCAUCCCUCCAGUUGCUGCCCCCAUCUGUCCACCACCUGUGCCUGCUCCUGUGCCUGGAAGUCAGCCUCCCUGUGCCCCCCUGGGAGGCAGCGUGGCCUCGCCAGGCCCCACCGAGGCCUUCCAUGUGGGGGGACCUCCUAUUCCCCCAGCUUUCCCACCCCAAGUCUUCUGGGGCCCCAGCCCUCCUGCAUUUUUCUGGACCCCGCAACCUGGACCCUGGGUCUCGCUCGGGGCCAUUCCUCCUAUUCCUCCCAUUCCUCCCCCCAAUCCCCCUGUUCCCUCGGCCUCCACUCCCACGCCUCAUGCUGCAGCCCAUGGACGUUCGCCCCCUGCUCCAAGCUGCUGCUCCCCCCAGACCCAGCCGAAGGGUCGUAAGCCUCAUAGGAGCAGAGCUGGGGGUGUCAGAGCUACCGAUGAGGGGCCCACGCCGCAGCUCCGAGGCGCCCUGGGCCAGGUGGUGUCCACCCGCCUGUUCGCAGACAGCCUGGAGGACAUGUCCCCGCACCCCAAUACCUCGCCUCCACCACCACACUCCCCAGGAGCCUGUGCCACACCCUCCAAACCCGAGAUGAUGCCCCAUCUCUCGCAUUUGCCAAAAAGGCCAUCGAAGGCCCGGAACACCAGGGCUACGCCUCUCCACGUGGGAUCAGACCAAGACAGAGACACUUCGGUGGCGGGAACUCGGGGUCCACACCCUCAGGUCCCUAGCCCUGCAGUUGGAGGGGAGGAGGCGGCUCGUGCUAGAGCCCCGCCCACCCCAACAGCUCCUGACCAUUCCCCCUCGGAGGACCUGUUGGCCCAAGCCGCCCAGCUCCUAGAAGCUGCUGAAGGUAAGCUAGGCCGGAGACCCCCCUUGAGUACCUCCAUCACCUGGCUAGAGCUCGCUCUUCUCCCUCCAGACUCCGACGGCAAUGACUUCCAGGACGACCCUGUGUUGCAAGUGCUAAGGGUACAGAGAGCAGAGCUGCGGAGCCAGAAAAGGUGAUCCCCCCACACCAAAGAUCUCUGACACGUCCUUUGGGUGCCCAGUCUGAACCCCCUCUCUUGAAACUAACUGCCCACAGCAGUUGCCAUCCA